UACAUCUCGGACGACGGGGGCUACACCUGGGCUCGGAUGUUGGAGGGCCCACACCAUUACGCCAUCUUGGAUUCUGGAGGCCUCAUCGUGGCCAUCGAGCACACCAGCCAACCCGUCAACGUCCUCGAGUUCUCCACGGAUGAGGGGCAGUGCUGGUACAAAUACACCUUCUCCAAGGAGCCCAUCUUCUUCACGGGUCUGGCCUCCGAACCGGGGGCUCGGUCCAUGAACGUCAGCGUCUGGGGCUUCCGCGGCAACUUCCUCUCCCGCAAGUGGGUCUCCUACACCAUCGACUUCAGCCAACUGCUCAGCAGGACCUGCGAGGAGAAGGACUACACCAUCUGGCUGGCUCACUCCAGCGAUCCCAGUGACCCCAGUGACGGCUGCAUACUGGGCUACAAGGAGCAGUACCGGCGCCUCCGCAAAUCCUCCGUCUGUCAAAACGGCCGGGACUACGCCGUCACCAAACAGCCCUCCGUCUGCCCCUGCACCCUCCAGGAUUUCCUCUGCGAUUUUGGGUACUACCGCCCGGAGAACCAGUCGGUGUGUGUGGAGCAACCGGAGCUGAAGGGCCACGACCUGGAGUUCUGUCUCUACGGGAGGCGGGAGCUGCUCAAAACCAGCGGGUACCGGAAGAUCCCCGGGGAUAAGUGUUCGGGAGGAGAGAGCCCCAGCCGGGAGGAGAGGGACAUGAAGAAGAAAUGCACCAGCAACUUCCUCAACCCCAGCCAGCUGGUGGGUGACAGUGACAACCGGCCGGGGGGUGACAGUGACAACCGGCUGUGGGGUGACAGUGACAACCAGACGGGAG